AUGCCCGUCAUUCGCCGUAGCCGGCUGAGGACGGUCCUCUCCACCAUCGCCGCGAUCUUCCUGAUCGUUGCAGUCUUCAAAAUCAAUUGGGCCCCGACAUCUGCCAAUGUGGUUCCGCUCACAGCCUUCGAAGUCCCGCUUGUCGAACGCCAAAAAGACUUUUGGAAAGCAUUCAAACCGAUUCUCGAAUCCCACAGUCCCAAUUGUCCCUCGCCUACGCACGAUGAAGAUGCGGGUGCUAUCCAUUUCAACGCUACCACCACCGAGAUGCGGCCGGAUAUGACUUUCAUGGAUGAGGCCAGUGUGCAACGGAUGCAGGAUGCGCAUGCGCGCUUCGUGCAGGCUACGGUUGACACAAAACCCCUCCAUCCGGUUCACGCUGUCGGUACUCGUGGCAUAGUUUCGACCGCGGGAGGCCAGUACUUUCCUGUGUUUGUUGCGACUUUGCGGAUGCUGCGGCGCACCGGAUCGACGCUCCCGGUUGAGGUAUAUAUGAAAGAUGCUACCGAGUACGAGAAGAACAUCUGCGAGGGCGUACUCCCAAAGUUGAAUGCACGGUGCCUGAUCCUUUCCGACGUCAUGGGCAAAGAGUUCAUAGAGCAUUUUCAACUCAAGGUUUUCGCCGUGCUCCUGUCGUCCUUUGAGGAACUUAUCUGGAUGGAUGCCGACUGCUUCCCUUUGCACGAACCCGAGCUAUUGCUAGAUUCCGAGAUAUUCAAAUCAGCGGGCAUGAUCACUUGGCCCGAUUUUUGGCAGUCAUCAGCAUCACCGCUGUACUUUAAGAUAUCCGGGCAACCAGAAGCCCCUAUGAACGGGCGGCAGACGACAGAGGCCGGCGUUUUCCUCAUCAACAAGAAGACUCAUCUACGAACACUCCUACUCGCCGCCUAUUACAACUAUUACGGCCCUUCGCAUUACUUCCGGCUGCUCUCUCAAGGCGGGCCAGGCGAAGGCGACAAGGAAACCUUCCUUCAAGCAGCAUACGCGGUCAAUGAACCAUUCUACGCCGUGAGCGAGAGGGUACAAGCCAUUGGUCAUCCGGCACCAGACGGGAUGUCUGGGUCCGCUAUGGUUCAGUCGGAUCCAAUUGAAGACCACGCUUUAACUAGUCAAGGGUUAUUACGAGUGCUUGACCCCAGUGUGGCCAAAGCGCCACAGACCUUCUUUAUCCACGCCAACUACCCCAAGUUUAACCCCGGAGGCAAUUUCUGGGGAGGGGAUUUCGAAACCGCUCCUACCAUUCGCCCUGAUGGUUCAGACGGACGAGCAUGGAUUGUCCCUGAAGACGUGAUCCGACGCUUCGGCUAUGAUGCCGAGAAAGUCUAUUGGGAGGAGCUCAAAUUUAUAAGCUGCAACCAGGACAUCAAGUUUCAGACAUGGAGGUCCCCGGCAGAAAUCUGCCAAAGGGUUGAGCAAUAUUGGGCGAAUGUCUUUGCUGAACCGCACGAAGAUGAUCCUAAAUUCUCUGACUGA